UUCAAACAAUUAUGUUUGUAUUUUUCUAUUUUCCCCUUAAAAAAAAAUGGAACACAACUUUUUUGUAGACAAAUUUUGUGUGUAUGUGUGUGUGUUUUUCUUCCUAGUAUGAUUCUUUUAGUUUAACUUUUUCACGUUGUGGGGUUGUUUGGGGCUGCUAAAAUGGUGAUUUCCUCCUUGGUUUGCCCGUCAGCGUUGCUAUGCACAAAAAAGUCUUUUAGAGCCUUUCCUCUUCCAUGAAUGCUUUUGGCCUUUUCAGGCUUAAAAAAAUGUCUCAAAGUUCCUCUUCAUUGUUAUGACUCAUCAUUUUUAUAAUCCUCUUCUGAAUGUUACGGCAAAUUAAAUUUAUGGUCAAUGAUUACUGGGAUUUUUUUUUUCCUUACGUUUUCAAAUCAGCGUGGACAAGUUUAUGUCUUUAAUUUUCAAUACUCAAUUGUAACUGAACCAAAUUUCCAACACUAUAGUUUGCAAUGCCCUAAACUUUAAAUGCUUACGACUAUUGUCUCUAAAGAGUGUAACAAUUUGUAUGGUAAGCUCAUCAUGCUUGUAAUAGUUGUAAAGAACUAUUUGGGAAUGUGAAAGUGAAACCAUAUCUAUCAUGAUUUUAUUACCUCAAGGAGGAGCUCACAUGUGUUUUUUCUUCUCUUGUCAGGAUGCCAUUGUAGGCGACAAUGAAAACUCUUAUGAAUGUGGGAGAGUCCUCUGGUAGUGGUGACCUCUGCAAGAGCUCCACCUCAGGAUCGCUCAAUUCAAACAAUCCCAAUGGUUAUGAUGAUAUUUCAUGUCAGGAUGAUGAGGAUAUGAUUGAUGAAGAUGAAAUGGAUGAAGAUCCUGAUUAUGGCUCUGAAUUUGAUUACAUUGAGGACUUCUACGAUGAUGUUUAUUCAAGUAUGCAGGAUCAAUUUGACAAUUUACCUACUGGGGUUGAAGCGUCACUGCUUUGGUUGAAGGAUAUUGGUUCAAGUGAAUGCAAGCAAGUUGGUGCUUCUGAAGGAUCAAGUUCCCAUGGAAAAGCAGAAGCCAAGGAUGAUAUUGUCAUGCAAAAAAUAUUGGCAAUUUAAGCAAUUUGAUGUUGUUGAUUCUUUUCCUGAUCAUUUCUUUGAUAAGCAGGGUACUUCAGAGGUGCAGCGACCCAAGAACUGGCCAAAAGAAUCCAGGAGGAGUGGAAAAUUUUUAGGGGAAUUCGCAAGUAUUUGUUAAAAGUUAGUGAAUCCCGGAUGCAGCUUCUGAGGGCUGCCAUCAUUGGACCUCAAGGCACUCCAUACCACGAUGGUCUUUUCUUUUUUGAUUGCUCCUUUCCUGAUAACUAUCCUGCUUCUCCCCCGAAAGUUUACUACCACUCCGGGGUCCUUUAGGAUAAAUCCAAAUUUAUAUAACUGUGGAACAGUCUGCCUUAGUCUUUCUGGCACUUGGCAAGGUAGGGAUAAUGAGCCUGGAUACCCAGAAUCAUAUGGAGCCACUCGAGAUGGGCAUAGAAGAUCUAAGGAGUACAGUGAUAAUGCAUUUCUUUUAUCCUUGAAGACAAUGAUGUAUACGAUGCGCAAACCUCCAAAGCAUUUUGAGGAUCUGGUUGCUGACUUGCUGGCCAUUUCCGGGCCCGAGCCAUACUCCGAGGGGGCUCCUGUUGGCUCAGUCAUAUAUAAUCUUGGUCCAACUAUUAGCAAUAGUGCAGCUAAGAACCAGAAAGAAUUUCAGUUAGCUGUCCAUAGAAUGAUGAACACUCUUAUUGCCUUUUUCACUAAGAACAGAUCCACUGAUUGGGAGGAAUUUCGGUCGCCGGAGAUUUUGAAUAUGUCUGCUGCAGCUAGUGCAACUCUAACAGAGUGUUACAACAGUGUGUCUGGUGUAGCAGCAUUAACCCUUUAAUCUCUGAAGCCCUAUUAGGAUGGAUGUUCAUGCUAUGAAUAAGGAGUGCUAGUUAGGUUUCUUUAUUUGCUUACUUUUGGUGGCACUUUUGAUGUCCCACAUCAUGAUUCUCAUUGUUGAUUAUGCCGCCAACCUGUAAAAAUUUGACAUGCUAGUUUAGGGUUUUUGAUUUUCAAAAUGGCUUCUAAAUUAGGCAGAGAAUAGUUUUUCCAAGACAUUUCUGCUUGGAUUCUCCAAAUUACUGGU